AUGUGCGUGGCUGAGAAUAGCUCCAUGGAGGAGAUGUUGAAGGCUAGAUUCAAAGAGGUAUCGAUCGCUCUUCUCGAUAAGCCCCCUCUGUCAGCUCUUCCCCAGUUUCGAGGGGAUUCUGGCAGACAUGUCCUCCAGCGAGUCGUUCCCCUCCAAAGAGCUAUUCAUGCAGUCGACCAUUUUCUUGCUCCUCCAGUGGACGGUAUGGUGGGAGUCGGUGUCACAGCUGACGAUGCUAUAGCUAUCACUAAUGGGUGUGGGCCUGCUAUGAAUCUUAUAUCAUUCUGCCUGGGCGACGGCGACGGGACGGACUGUUUUCUCACUACCAAGCCUCUCUAUCCAGUGUUCCUCUUAGACUGUGAAAAGGAAGCCGGGGUGCGUGUCGUUCCGUCGGUAAAGACUUCCAUGGAGACCAGUUUUGAGAUCACGAGGUCAGCCCUUGAGCAAGGCUACGAGUCUUCUGUAGCUGAGGGGUUGAAACCCAAGGCCUUAUUGACUGUAAACCCGGGCAAUCCGAGCGGCCGAGUAGCCACAGCUGAUGAGCUUAGAACGAUAAGGAAUUGGUGUGGCGAGAAGGGCAUAUGGUGGAUAUCUGAUGAAAUUUACGGAUGCGCAGUCCAUGAUGAUAGCGAAAGACCCCACAUAUCUGCGUUGAAUCUGCCACUCCUCCCGGGCGAUCUCGAUCCUCCAACCCUCGUGCUUUGGGGCCUUAGCAAGGACCUCGGUUUGUCGGGGAUGCGAGUGGGUUUCUGUUUGGGCCUUCCUCGUCAACGUCAUGAUCCCUCCGUGGUGACGCUGAAGAAAGCUGCACAGUCCAGCUAUAAUAUGUUCGCUGCUGUUAGCCCAUUGACGCAGUGGUUCACCGAGAAACUGCUUGGUGACCAGCACUGGAUGACAGCAUACUUGUCGGAAUAUCGCAAGGUUUUGACGGAGUGCAAAAAGCUAAUCUGUCAAGGCCUCGAAGGAUUAGGAAUUCCCUUUUACCAACCCGACGGCAGCAUCUUCAUCUGGGCCGACUUCUCAGAGUUUCUGACUCCAGAUGAUUCUCGUGGAGAUUCCAACGCGUUAUUCGAUAAGCUCUGUGACGAGCCGUAUAAGAUCAUACCUUCUCCCGGUGAUAGCUUUUUCGGCCCUCCGGGGGGCAUGCGGUUCUGCUAUAUGUGGAUGGCAAAACCUCAGCAGGCCUGUCAGGAGCUUGUCCGUCGGCUGUCUGUGUUCGUUGCGUGCAAUCGUCGCAAGUAA